CAGUGACGUGUCCAGAAAGUGUCAAACAGAAGGAUGUAAAAAUGAUCGAAAACUACCUAGACAAAGUUACAGAGAUAUUUCUUAGUCGCCCGAAGCUGCAGUUUGGAUAAUUUCUCCACUGGGAUACCCGUUAGGUUUAGUUUUUUUUUAGGACUAACAACUCGUCUUUGUCUGAGCAACGGAAAAUCGGUUUAACUCACUUUUGUACCCGCGUCAUUGACCGUCGAGCUAACUUAGUUAGCGACGCUUGUGCUAACCAGAGCUGAGUGCGGAGACUUCAGAAAUGAUAACCGGCUCUCACUAACAUGUAGCUCAUGUCAACCUGGAAGCCUUAAUCUUAGUUAGACCAUUAGGUUAGUUUUCUUUUCCUCUCAUCUCUUAUUAACUUAAGUAGCUUUUCCGCCCGGUCUCCAGCCGGGUAGCUGGCAGCAGGAGGACAGAUACCCAAAGGAGAGGACGAUGUCUCGGCGGCGGCUGGACAGUCGUAGCGGGCUGUCUGCGGGACUCCUCGGAGAAACACAGACCCCAAUCAGCACCGACCCGCUCGAAAGUGUCUAUGAAAUCACCGGAGAGCUCGGAAGAGGGAAGUUUGCCGUGGUCAAGCGCUGUGUGGAGAAGGCCACGGGGAAGGUGUUUGCUGCCAAGUUCCUGCGGAAGAGGAGGCGAGGCCGUGACUGUCGGGCAGAAGUCAUUCAUGAGAUGGCCAUCCUGGAGACGGCCCGUAACAACGCCCGAGUGGUCAACCUGCACGGUGCUUAUGAGACGGAUCAUGACAUCGUCUUAGUGCUGGAAUAUGCUGCAGGUGGAGAGAUAUUUGACCACUGUGUUUCUGACGAGCUGCUGCCGGAGGCCCAGAUCACCCGACUAAUCAGACAAACACUGGAGGGAGUCCACUACCUCCACCAGAGCAACCUGGUGCACUUAGACCUGAAGCCGCAGAAUAUUCUCCUGACCAGCCUGUCCCCUCCAGGAGACAUAAAGAUCGUAGACUUUGGCCUGUCACGCAGACUGGGCGUGGUCGGAGAGCUCCGAGAGAUUCUUGGCACGCCUGAGUAUGUGGCUCCAGAGAUCCUAAAUUAUGAGCCAAUCACAACAGCGACUGACCUAUGGAGUGUGGGUGUCAUAGCCUACAUGCUGGUGACGGGUGAGUCUCCAUUCGCUGGGGAUGACAAGCAGGAGACGUAUCUGAACGUGUCCCAGGUCAGUGUGGACUACGGCUGCGAGGCCCUCUCCAGGGUGUCCGAGCUGGCCGUGGACUUCAUCCGUAAGCUGCUGGUCAAAUCCCCAGAGGACCGGCCCAGCGCUGCAGAGUGUAUGAGCCACCCCUGGCUGUGGCAGCAGCAGUUCUGCCUGAGCCCCGAGCCCGCCACCACCCGGUCUGUCAGGGAGAGAAGCUGUGGCACAAAGUGGGGCGCCCCGCCCGAAGACCCUGAAGACAAGGAGAACUUCCUGGAGUCGCCCCACUCUCACGCAAAAAGGUUCCGCUCGGAUGAGGAGACGCCCGCCGCUGGAGACGGUGACUUUUGAACCAUUCCUGUAACGAUGGGGUGAGGGGAGCACCUCUCCCGACUGAGCUUUUAAAUAGUUUUAAACUUCCAGAAUACCAGCUGCCCAACACUCAGAAGUACUUACUUAUUUACCUUACCCCAACAUCGUCCACUCAGACCAAAGAUAACCAGAUAAAUAUUGAGAUCUAUCGCUGUUAAUGUGUGUAAAAAUUGUACAGCACAUCUCAGCUAAUGCAGCGUGUGUAACUUUAAGUAUUUAAUACCUUUCAUUGUUUCAUUCUCUGGUAUUUUUCUUUGUUUAGUCGUACUGAUGAAGGCUUGUGUUGAGUAAUUCUAGGGAAAUCUAUGCAAUACUUCUCUUGUGCGUUUUAAAUGUUUUCUCUGUUUUCUUUUCUAACUUCUUAGCACUCUGCCUUAAAGUCGCAGGUGAAGUGUUCUCAGUCAGCAGCACGGCUCGCUGCGUAACUGCUGCACCUGUUCUUCAGCAGAAAUAAGAUACGCAGACUUUUAUCACCGAGGAGGGAAUUCUUUUUCACAGUCAUAAGUUCGACUUCUAUAUAAGAGAUAAGUGCCACUGCGAUGAGGAAGUGUGAUAGUGUGCUCAUUUACAUGUUAGAAUGUAUGUUAGAGAAUAAGGGACGGUACAUGCUGCUGUCUCCUCACACCUCUGUAUCUGAACUACCUGAAACAUUGCUGAAAUUCAUGUCGAAAAGAAGCCAGCAGAGGGGCUGAAUAACACAAGAAUAUAACAUUCCUUUUAUGUUUGCAUUCCCUCAAAGUCUUUCAUAUUCUCCAUGUCUGCAGCAGCAUGAGGAGUUUAACCUGAGCUCAGCAUGAAAAUCACUUCAAGAACUCCUAGCAGAGCUUCCUACUGAACAGCUGUGCCUUCCACAUUUGGAAGAACGUUUGUAUUCAGGUUAUUAAACAUGUUCUUGAGUAAUGUGAUGAAUUCCUUAUUUUCAAUUCCAGGCCUUACGUUUUUACAGAUGUUGGCCUCAGAAUAACUCGUAUGUGCAAAGUGUCUUCAGAGUGACCACACUCCAUUGACAAAAGCGGUCAUUUCUACCAUGAGGAACACAGGAGUUUAUAUUCUACCUAUUAUCAUAUCUAUUUGAAUAUCUUAUGAUGACACAAAAAUCCCCUCACUGACCUCAUCAGCUGAGUACUUUGUGAUCCUGUGAUCUGCAAAGUUAAAGGACUGUUUCUGUCAGUGGAGACUGGUGACUUUAGGAGAGCAAGGGGGUUUCUUGUAAAAAUGGUGUUGUUCCCCCACCCUGAAUGAGCUUGGUAUUAGUCAACUACUGGAGUCAUUUCCAUUUUUGUACCUAUAAGUCAUUAAGACCCUAAAAGAUGAGUAAGGGGCCUAGGUUUGAAAAUACCAGAAUAACCCUUUAACUGAGAGGUUUUUUCCUGAGCAUGGUAUUCAUGGCAUUCCAGUUUAUCCCUCCAUAGUGUGAUAGAAACUUAAAACUGUAAUGUCUCAACAAACCUGUGACUCAUGCAGUCUUUCACAUGCCACACCCGCAUGUACUCAAAGGAUUUCCUCACAGAGCUCUAAGUUCCCCUUUGUCAGCGGUCAGCAGUGAAACACAACUCUAGCACUUACUUCACGUAUAGAGCUGAUAAGCAAACACACGAGCUAUUUAUGAAAGUCUGUUAGUUUGUGAGUCCCUGAGAGGUUCUCUGUGUUGUUCAGUCCCUCACCAAAGCCAUGCAGAGUGCGCUCAUGAAACCGCUGCUCUGUUCUCCCGGGCUCAGGCUGCCUGAAGUUUCGUACUCCUGUCGACCUCUCCUCAGGGCGUGCUGCUUCUCUCUCUCUCUCUCUCUCUCUCUCUGCUCACUGUGUUCUGUAUUCUUAUAGGCCUGUUAUUAUUUAUGUGCUGGACUUAUACUUUAUAUUUGUAUAUAUAUUAUGCUCUCGUGUCUUAUGAGGAAGUGUUGAGAUCAUGGUGGGAGAAUGAGGAUGAUCAUGCUGUUAUUUAAAAACAAGAAAACUACCGGGGUUGUAGUGAAUUCAGUAAUCAUUAAAAAAAACUGUUAAGAAUUGGAAGGUGAAAGCAACGCUUAGAUUGAAGGUGGUACUGGGAGGUGAAGAAAAUGUGGAAAUGGAUGAGGAGUCAGAUGGUUUGAAUAAAGGAAGGAGGAGGAAGAUUAAAACCCGAUGAAGGAAUUAGGAUGUGUUCAAAGGAAGUAUUGAGAGGAAUAGUUCAACAUUUUUUACAAAUAAAAUAAUAAAUAUUUCUUAAAAAUGUCAAACUAAUCCUUUGAAAGGGGAUUCCGUAUUUCUUUUAGACUGGGUCCAAUUUGUUUUGACAUAUUUUGGGGUCUAAAGGCAUAUAGGUACAAAAAUUGUCUCAUUGUUCCAGGAGGUUUCUUCAGGCAGAAGCCGUGACACAGACGAUAACGUCUUUAAUAUAAACCUGGGAGAAGAAUUAAACCAAUCCAAUUAUUAAACUAAAGGGCACGUUUCUUUCACAGAUGGGUUAAGAUUUCCUUUUUCAGUGAGUGUCAGUAGUCAUUUAGACCCCCAAAUAUUUAUAAAAAUGGAUCCUGCUGUCAAAAUACUGGAAUUCCUCUUUAAGUUGUUGUUGGUUGUAAAGAUAUGUUGGUAUGAAAAGGCUUUCAGGCUGAUGAGGAAGUAGGAAGGGUGCAGUUUAAGAAAGAGAUGAAGCGUGACCGGAUCAGUGUAUAAUGUGAAAUAUGAGGUGCUAAUCAGUCUUUUGUUGUCGUAAAAAAAAAAAAAAAAAACACCUCACCUCUACUAAAAAGCAGCGCUAACAUCUCUGAUUGCUCUUAAUCUCCAGUGAAACAUUCCUCUCUCUGCUCCGAGGUGCCAAGCACAAUGAGACCACAUUGUGUGUUUUUGUUUGUUGUUGUCACCAGCUGGUACAACGGCCUUUGUGUGGGGGAGAUGGGCGUCUCCAGCCACGGCCAUGCUCUCACCCGUAUGCUGUCAUCCUUCAAAACUGGAACACCACACUGUAAAAAAAAAAAAAAAAAAGAUCUCCGAGGAUCUCAUAGGGCCUGUAGUAAGAAUGUUUUCUAGGCUGGCUCCAGAGUGUAAUUUAUCUCUUCAGCUACUGUGUAAGAAAAUAAGCUUGAAACUUAUUUCAUCUCAUUUAUUUUCAGUUGGUCUCUUGUAUUGAAAUGAUCUAAGUCCAGACUGUAAUAGUGCAGCUUGAUACAGGAAGUGCACAUUUCUCAAGCUCCUUAUUAACACAUUGUGUUUCCUGUUGCUGCAUCGCCUGCAAAAACAAGAUGUCAGAGUUGACAGUCACUUCACCUCAAUAGAAGACGGACUUGUUUUGCAGUGCAGUGAUGUCAGGGAUCUCACUUUGCAGGAUGACGAAAUGCACCAAGGAUUGGGGACAAAGUGCUGGCAUUGUCCACCUCUGUCACUUGAACAUGACUUAUGCUGUGGUGUCAAUUUUGUUAUUUUGUUCAGCUAUUGUACUGUUAUUUUCAGCAGCUAGUCACUCGGUGACCUCUCUGUGCGUGUGCACGUGUUCAGUUGCUCUUUGUCUGACACUCGGGCGACCAUCCUCUAGAAGUGAAGCAGCAGCUAACAUUCCUGUCUGUUCUCUGUGACCACAGCGAGACUGAAGGAAACUGUAGAUCAGAGUCGAAUCAGACACAAGCACAAGCAAAUAAAUGUUCAAGAGAUGUUUGUUUAUUUUGCAUUUUAUAUAUUUUUUUUAAUGUAUGAGCAUUCUGAUUGCAUCUGAAAUGACUUAAAAAGACUUAAUUUGUAGAAUUGUAUUCUGAUCAACUGCAGGCUAAUAUAUAAGCAUCACAAAGCAAACUGAAAAAGCUCAUUAAAGGUUGUAGAAAUAUCUCA